GACUUCCUUUAAUUCUCAUAUCUGCAAAACCGCCCCAUUGCACGCACGGUGUAGGUUAUGCUUCGCUAGGAGGCUAGUUGGGCGUGCAAAGCGAUAUGAUUAUAGCGCACACACCAAUAAUAUUGAGCACACUGAUUUACCUGAAAUAUUUUUCUGGACGUCUAUUCAGGUCUCAGUUGCGCUGCCUUUAUUUCCAAACAGAAGCAAGCAAGGCAAUGGCUCUGACCCAAGUUUCGUCCAACAAAUGCUGCGGGGGGUUCCAAAAGGUGUUUGAGCAUAACAGCUCUGAAUUGAAAUGCAGAAUGAAGUUUGGCAUCUAUCUCCCGCCAAAAGCGGAAAGUUCGAAGUGUCCCGUGUUAUACUGGCUAUCCGGGUUGACAUGUACGGAGCAGAACUUCAUCACCAAAGCUGGCUCUCAGCAGGCUGCUUCUGAGCAUGGCCUCAUCAUCGUUGCUCCAGAUACCAGCCCCCGUGGCUGUAACAUUGAGGGUGAGGAUGAGAGCUGGGACUUUGGCACGGGGGCGGGUUUCUAUGUCAAUGCCACCAAUGAGCCCUGGAAAACCAACUACCGCAUGUACGCCUAUGUCACGGAGGAGCUCCCUCGCCUGAUCAAUGCCCACUUCCCUGCUGACCCAGAGAAGAUGUCCAUCUCGGGCCACUCUAUGGGGGGGCACGGGGCUCUGAUCUGUGCCCUAAAGAAUCCUGGGAAAUACAAGGCUGUCUCUGCCUUCGCCCCCAUCUGUAACCCCAUGCAGUGCGCCUGGGGCCAGAAGGCCUUCGGUGGAUACCUGGGGUCUGAGAAGACCGCUUGGGAGGCUUACGAUGCCACGGUUCUGGCCGGCUCCUACUCCGGUCCCCAGCUAGACAUCCUCAUUGACCAGGGUCGUGACGACCAGUUCCUCUCUGCUGGACAGCUGCUGCCAGACAACCUGAUUGCUGCCUGCACUGAGAAGAAGAUCCCUGUGGUUUUCCGUCUGCAGCAGGGCUACGAUCACAGCUACUUUUUCAUCUACUCCUUUAUCAACGAUCACAUCAAGCACCACAGCAAGUACCUGAACGCGUGAUGUCACACUCAUGUGACAGCAGUGCUGGCCUUUUAAGUGCCUUCAUUGCACAGUCCAUCUCCAUGACACUGAUUGCAACAUCAUUGGUUCAGUGGCAGUGCCAGAGUUUGAGGGGUUAGUGAUGGGCAUUAAGGGCUCUAGAAUGCACUCUACCUGGCCCAUGGCUGAAUUUUCUAAUUAACUGAACUCUGGCCAAUCCGAUUGCUCAUUUGCUGAGCAUAGUGAUUUGAUUGUAUGGAAAUUGGCAAAAUCAUAUAGUCCUUGCCCACCACUAGAAUUGCCUGGCAAUUAUGUGCUCCUAAAUAAAACUUUGUGAUUGGUUAA